UCAGCUGAGAGUCUGUUACAUUUGAAGGUCAGGGGUGAGGUUGAGGAGACCCAGGGGGAGAGCUGCCCCUGAUUCCCACCUCCGAUUCUGCAACAUGUCGGGGCCGAAUGGGGAACCCAGUGCCCCUGUGGGGCAGGAGGAGGAGGAGGAGGAGGAGUCUGAUGAAGAAUAUGUGGCACUCAAUUUGAUGCUUGACCAGAUCAACUCUUGCCUGGAUAACCUUGAGGAGAAAAACGACGUUUUAAAUGCAAAACUUCGAGAAUUGCUGGAGUCAAAUCGCCAGGUGAGGAUGGAAUUCAGGCAACAAGUAGAGGCAACAGCCCCAAAAGAUUCCCAGGACCACAACUCUUGACUUUGAUCACCAUCUCCCUGUCAAAUUGUAAUAUGACACAUCCUGCUUAAGCAUUUUACAAGACAAGGGUGAUUAGCUGUAACCAUUGCGAGUAACUUUACUUUUCUGUGACAGAAAUACUGACUAGUUCUAAUCAUUGAGUUGUACAUAUGCCUGUGAUAACUUCGAUCGCUUUUGACUUCUUCCAGUUGGUUUUGGCUGUGAAAUUCCUGUUCCUUCCUUCUAGGAAGAAGCACAUUUGUAACAGAUGCCAUGUCAUGUACCUUCCACUUGGGAGUUGCUAUAUUGCAAUAAGAAAUCCUAUUUCAAUAGGAUUCAAAGAUCUAAAAAAGUUGAAUGUUUGAAUCCAUGGACAUUGAAGUUUAUCUGACCAGUGUUUCAGAGAUGGUAAAAGCCCAUGGUCCUGCUUCUACUGAAAAAAAGCUUUUUUCUAUGUUAUCACUAGUGGUUCAGAGGAUGACACUCUUUCAUCGAAUUACAAGGUUGUAGGUUCAAGUUCCAGACCAGGACGUGAACACAACAAUUGAGAUUGAUGUUCCAAUGUCUUACUUAAGCUGUCUUGCACUGACAGAGGAGCUGUCUCUCUGGUGAAGUAUUUAGCCGCUGCCCUGCCCUCUUGGAUGGACAGAAAUUUCAAAGAGUAGAAAGUUUUUCCUUGUGGCCUGGCUAAUGUUUAUUCCUCAAUCAGCUUCAUAAAUACAUUAGUUCAUCAUUACCACAUUUUUGUUUGUGGGAAUUUGCUGUGUGAAAAUUAGUUGCUGUAAUCCCCCCACAUAAAACACCAGUGACUAUACUUCAAAUGUACGUCAGUGGCAGUAAGGUGUUUUGAGGCAUCCAAAGAGCAUGAAAGGGGCUAUAUAAAUGCACAUCUUUUCUUAAUGCAACAUUUUAUUGAAUUUGUAGAUGGAAAAGUGAAUUUAAAAAAAUCAAAACCUUUGCCAAACAUUCCCAUCCAUUCACCAUUUUCUGUGUUUUUAAAAAAAUGCACCUAAACUAUCUUUUCAUCUUGCUUUAAAUAAAGGUUUUUCCAUUAUAUAAACUAUCCAUAUAUUAAACUUAUAAAAUGAGCAUUAACAAGACAUAUAAUAAGUUAACUACUGCUACAAAAAUUGCCUGAGUUAUCUUUUUCUUGGUGUAAACAUUCCGAGCUUCUGUGUUCUUUCCCUGUCAUUCGGGUGCUCUGAACAAGAGAGCAAUUUGGUGACCAAAUCUGGACCUGGUAUUUUAGUGAAGGUCGUAAUUGUAUCCAAUCCUUGCAAUUUAUGCUAUCUUCCUCUUAAAUAGUUUUCUCUCUUUACUCAAUAUUUUUGUAAUCUGUUGUUAGAGCUUAUUGUUCUCAAGAAGACUGUUGUGAAAUGUACUAUAAUUUCUGUCCUGAAAAUCCAUUAAGUUAUUAGUAACAAUGAGAAAAUUUUUUUCAGGAAAAAAUGCUUCAAUAACAGCAAGUAAUUCUGAAUUGAAGGAUAUCUUGCAACAUGCUUUUAUUACUUUCAGCUUAGUUGUUGGUAUAUAAAUCAACCUUGAAGCUUCCAAAGAUUGACCCCAGGUUUUGGAACAAUGUAUAUACCAAGUAUAAAAUAUGGGUCAUCCCAUAUUCAAAACAUGAAAACAUAGCACUGGUAAUUCAUAUUAAUGUAAAAUAGUUUUAAUAAAUUACUUGUACAAAGAUACCUUUAACUACAAUGAAAAAUGUUUUAAAACUCAUCAAAUUCAUUGUCGGUGUCAUCCAAUACAAAAUUUUGAGUUCAAAUUCACUUUGAGUCAUUUUGCCUGUGAUACUUUUGAGAAUAAGAUGUGGCACUUCUGGUUUCAGAAUCAUUCCGUCACAACAAACCAUUUUUUAAAUGCAAACAAUGAAUUGGUUAUGCCACAUUUUUUGAAUGAUUUGAUAACCGUUCUUGCACGGAUAGCAUCCCAUGAUUUUAUGAUGAAACCAUACAAAGUAUCAAGUGGAGGAAUAUAUAUAUUCCCACUCUUUUGUGAAGGUUUUUCUUUUCUCCAUUGAGUACCUGUUCUGACCAAUGUUAGGCUGUAGCAAUGUGGGUGUGAUUUUUACAGGGGUGCUUCUUCAUCUCAUUGAGUAUAGGAACUGAACUUUUCACAAACUAAUGAGCUGCAUUAUUUAUCUAGGCCUCUGGAAUGUCUAUGUCACAUUAUUAAUCCAUAACUUUAUUCCAUCCUCAUCCAGCCAACCCUUGUCAUGACAUGCACAAAAACUACUGCAAACAAAUUGAUUUGCAGUGUAUUUUUAUGUUUGAAAUGGACUGCAGGCGUUAAUUUCGAUCGCCUGGGUUUUAGGCUUUCACCACUAUAAAUCUUGACUCAAGUCCUGUGAUUUUCACAAAACUACUUUCAAACCUUUCAAUUCCAGAGUGUGGUUACUGGCUGUAUUGAAAUUCAUGGGCAUUUGACCCAUAUUGCUCCUGUAGCAUCGUGAGUACUGAAGCUUUUGCUGCUGUCUGAAGACGAGUUGCUGGAAACUGGUCAUUUUGGUGUUGAAAUCUUUUGCUAAAUAUUUGGAGUUGCCGAUGUUGGAUUGGGGUGGACAAAGUUUAAAAAUCUCACAACACCAGGUUACAGUCCAACAAGUUUAUCUGGAAGCACUAGCUUUCGAAGGAGCUGCACUCCGAAAGCUAGUGCUUCCAAAUAAACCUGUUGGAUUAUAACCUGGUGUUGUGAUUUUUAACUUUUGCUAAUUACUGAGUGAUCUUGAUCUCCUGCCACAACAAUUUUUUUUACCCAUCAAGUGGCAAUGUGUUGCUGUAAAAUAUUUGCUGGUCUCAGGAUUUAAUUUGGUCCACUUAAGUUUAUAUAUAUGCAUUGCAUUUCCGGAUGACAAUGAAAAUUUUCUGAUAAUUUUUGUCUCCACACCUGCUUCUCAAGAUUGGGCCAAUGGCUGGUCCCUGUUUCUGUGGCACAUCUAAUCUUGGGCGUCCCUAGGGCACAUUCCUUCUUCUUCCUGUCUGGCUCUAGUUUUUCAUUGACACCAACUUCCAUUGCUGUAUGCAGUUACAUGUGUUAGCAAACAGUAAGACGUUUAGCACUGAACAUCAUCUGUUUUGCAACAUUUGUUUUUCCUUCAGCAUGCAGGAUCUGCUUUUGGGUGAGUGUCUUAAACUCCUGUGCAUCUUAGCUUGAAUUGCAUGCUCAAUCCCUUGCACACAGUUAUAAGGUAAAUAAAACAUGCAUUGUGGGGUGAAAAGAAUUGAAGUAAAUAACGCAAGUUGUAAAAUUUCUUCUGUAGCACCUGGAAGUAGUUUCUGUAAAAGUUGAUUGUGUUUUAAUUUUCUCAGAUUUUCUAUGCUCACGACAUCAUGCUUUUUGAUGGCAGACAAGUUCUCUCUGCUGCUCUGAAAUUACUGAUGUUUUAUUAGAGGAUGUAAAAGAUGUUUUUUUUAAAAAUAGUAAUAAAAUUGUUUA